ACUUUGUAUGUAAAAGAUGUAUGACAUAACUUUUUUCUUGAAGAAGGAUAUGUUAGUGCCCUCCAUAAUUUCCUACUUUGUGAUUCCAAAGAAAUCGAAUUCACGUUAUGAGUUACGUACUUGCUGUGCGCAAGGAAGUUUAAUCAUACUGUAGAAGGUAUAUUUUUUGUAAUCGAUAAUACCCGUUAUUCAAUAAAUGGACGACUCGGUUUUCGACUGGGGAAAAAGUCGUCAGUAUCAAAAAGCGAAUCAGACAGGAAGCAUAAAAUACUAAAAUUUAAAACAUCUUUAAUCGCGUAUUUUUCAAUGUCACUUGUGAAUUUGUAAAAAUCAUAAAAAUCCCAUAAUGGAAAUGUACAUCUUAGAUCGACAUUACAUGAAAACAAAUUUUCAAUUAAUGAGUUUACUCGGUAAGAAUUUUAUUAUUCAAAUAAUAUGCAUAUAUUAAUUUGGAAGACUUAUAAAAUAUUUCUUUUUUAGGUAUUUGGAAUCCUUAUUCUCAAGGAUUCUCCUAUUGGAUUUAUGAAUUCUAUUCGAUUUUGGUAUUUCUCUUUAUCAUGAUAACUUACACGUAUUUCGAAAUUCUUGAACUGAUCAAAGUAAAUUUAACUUUGGAUUUGAUUACCGAAAAUCUCUGUAUAUCGCUCACACAUAUCUGCGGAAUAAUUAAGAUAAUUAAUCUUUAUCUGAGAAAGGAUAAUAUUUAUACUAUCAUGGACAUAAUGGAACGUCAGAUACGUCAACCUUGUUCUGGUAUCAUUGGCCGUGUACAAAAGGAAUCUAUAAUGUCUGCCACUUGGACAAUUGAAACAACUAUAAAAUAUUUUGCCAUUAUAAUUACGUUUGCAGAAAUUUCCAGUUUAUGUGCACCUAUAUUAGACGGCUCAAUGUGGCAUGGCCAAUUACCUUUUCGACAGUAUAUACCUAUCGAUUUAACUAAUUCGAUAAACUAUUGGGUCUGUUACGUUUACGUGGCGCUGUGUCUAUAUUGGUUAGCAAUUAUAAUUAUGGCCCAUGAUUGUCUUUUUAUUGCAUUCGUGAUUUUUAUAAGCGCGCAUCUGAAUAUAUUGAAGGGAAAAAUGGAAAUAUGUUGCAUGAUCAGUAACGAUGAUUUACAAGAUAUGAAAACUGACACUUCGAAUUUGUCAUCAAUUGAAUUAAGGAAAUGUCAAAUGAUGAGAUCUAAUAUUGAAUUGAACACUUGUAUUUCCAUACAUCAAAAUAUCCUCAGAUGCUUAACAAUUUUGGAAAGCAUGUUCAAUGUUAUGAUAUUACUUCAAUUUGCGACGAGUCUGUUGAUCAUUUGUCUCACUGGUUUUCAAAUCAAUGCUAACACAACUAAUAUUCCACGAUUUAUGACAAUGAUUUGUUAUCUAUGUUGCGUUUUGUUGGAACUUUUAUUGUAUUGCUGGCAUGGUAACGAAGUGAUAAUCCAAAGCUCCAAUUUAAAAUUAUCGGCAUUUAGUUGUAACUGGAUGGAGGCGAAUUCGAAAUUUUGCAAAACUUUGCACAUAUUUCUAACCAGAGUACAGAAACCGAUGAUUCUCACAGCGGGUGGACUAUCCAAUUUAUCAUUAUCAAGUUUUACGACUAUUAUUAGCAGAAGCUACUCGUACAUUGCUGUGCUUAAUCAAAUGAACCAAUGAAGAGAAAUAUUUAUAAUAUAACAUAUUUUUUUGUAGAUGACAUACAAUGCACGGGCUUUCAUCUAGUUUAUUAUUGCAAAUUUUAUCGAAUUUAGAAUUGCACGAAAAAUAUGAACGCGAUUAAAAUUAGUAUAGUAAUAAAGUAUAAUACUAAUUAAACAAAUUCGCAUGUACACGGGUAAAUCGUAAAUGAAAAAAAAGGGACGAGAAAGUAUAAUAUAAAGAAAAAAUUACGUAUACAGGGUGUUCCGAAAUUAUCUGACUAACGGGGUAUGGCGGUGUUCAGGAGGCACCA